AUGGAAAUGAUAUUUUUCAUUAAACAGAGAAUGCAAGUUCUGGCAAUAGAGAAAUGUAAAUCGAUCCAUUCAAAAUGGAAGGAAGAGAAAUAAACCACUUUUAUUAUCAGCAAAAGAAUAAAAUAUAUGGGUUAUCAAGAUGAGUAAGUUAAAAUUAAGUCCUACAAAAUAUUGUAGAUUAUGGAAUCGUAAAGUAUAUGUACUCAAUAUUUAAGGUGGUUAAUGA